AUGGAUGAAGAAAUCGAAGCUUUAAUCGAGGCGAUGCGCAAGCAAAAGCAGGAUUACUUCCUUCCUCCAGAGUGGGAUGGAAAAGUGGUCUUUCUGAAGAAUACCAAGUCUGGAACGCGCCUGGAUCUUUUUGCAGGUGGCAGAGCUAACGGUACACCGAUAAAUGGCUGGCAAUCGAACGGAUCUACAGCAAAGCAGUGGAAGCUUGAAAAACGUGGGAAUUCAAUAUGGAAUUCUUGGGCAUUUCAAAACGUUGCCUCCGGUUUAUACCUGACUCUUUGGGAUGAUUCGCCACAAAAUGGUACUAAAGUUGUAGGCUGGGAACGAGCGAUUGCGAAAGAAACAAGCGGACUGUUUACUAUUCAAUCAUCGAUCGGCAGAUGCAAUUUCCCAGAUCUCCACCUGGGUUUGCAGGAGAAUGGGACCCGAGUUCAAGGCUGGCAACGUGAAGAACUGAUGGGGAAUCAAGUGUGGAUGAUUGAGGAUGCUACGGUUGACAUCAGUUCUGAAGUCGCUGAUGGGAUCUGCUUUAUGAAUGGCCAUUGGACUGGCAAGGCAACAUUUUAG